AUGAAAAACUCUGCUACAAUUUUCCUCUCUUUUUACCUUCUUCUUCAAACUCUCAACGGAGUUAAAGCCGGCUUCCUCUGCGUAGGAAACUCCUUCCUCGCCAACAGUAGCUACCGCGAAAACCGGGACUCUCUCUUCUCCUCUCUUGCUUCUAAUGUCAUCUCCAACGGUGGAUUCUACAACGCUUCACUUGAUAGCGUUCACGCUCUUGCCUUCUGCAGAAGAGACUACGAGCGGCAACCUUGUAUCAACUGUGUGGAAAAAGCCAUUCGACUGAUAAAAACAAGUUGUUCUGAUCGCGUGGAAUCCUUCGAUUGGGACAAUGACGAUGCAGACCGUGUAUCUUGUUUUGUACGUACCACGAAUCAUUCAACUUUUCAGAAACUCGAGCUUGGACCAGCUACGAAUGACCCGAGUCCCAUUGGUAUCGACUCAUUCACCAAUAACAUGACCCUUUUCCGCCCAGAAUGGGAAACAAUGGUUAACCGGACACUUGAGGCUGCAACCGUUGCCACUAAUGCAUCGGUUCUCAAGUACUAUGGCGUUGUGUACGCAGAAUUUGUGGAGUUUCCAAAUGUUUAUAUGAUGAUGCAAUGCACACCGGACAUAACUUCAGGCGAGUGCAGGAGCUGUUUGGAAGAAUGCGUCAAGUAUUAUAGAGAUAUUAAUUGGGGAAAACUAGGAGGCAUGGUUGGUCGACCGAACUGUGUUUUCCGGUGGGAUCUCUAUGCAUUUUACGGCGCUUUCGCUAAUGUAACAAGAGUUCCUGCCCCUCCUCGAGCUUUGAUCCCUCAAGCACGAGGGAUCUCUGUUACAAGCUUGAAAGGAAGAAUUAUCGCGAUAGUUGUGGUUCCUACCGUCAUUAAUUUAAUCGUGCUUAUUGGUCUGAUCAGAGCUUAUGGUCGGAUAAGAAAAUCGAAAAACGAAAUCAGUGAGCAGGACGCAUGUCAUUCCGAUGGUCAACAUAUGCUACGGUUCGAUCUUAGCAUGAUCCUAAUCGCAACUGGUGACUUCUCCCCUGAAAAUAAAAUUGGCCAAGGUGGAUUUGGAUCUGUCUACAAGGGGAUGUUACCGAGCGGGCAAGAAAUAGCGGUUAAGAGAUUAACAAGAGGUUCAGGGCAAGGAUAUACGGAGUUCAGGAAUGAGGUCUUACUCUUGACAAGACUCCAACAUAAGAAUCUAGUUAAGCUUCUAGGGUUUUGUAGUGAAGGAGAUGAAGAUAUUCUUGUCUACGAGCAUGUCCCUAAUUCAAGUCUUGAUCACUUCAUAUUUGAUGAUGAGAAGCGUUUGCUACUAACGUGGAAUGUGAGGUACAGAAUUAUAGAAGGCGUUGCGCGAGGUCUUCUUUAUCUACACGAAGAUUCUCAGCUGAGGAUUAUUCACCGAGACUUGAAGGCGAGCAAUAUUCUUUUAGAUGCUGAUAUGAACCCUAAAGUUUCAGACUUUGGGAUGGCUAGGUUAUUUAACAUGGACCAGACUCGAGGAGUGACAAGGAGACGCGUUGGAACACUUGGCUAUAUGGCUCCUGAAUACGUUAAGAGCGGAAGAUUUUCAGUCAAAACAGACGUUUACAGUUUCGGGGUUGUGCUUCUGGAGAUGAUAACCGGUCAAACUAACAAGAACUACUUCGCAUCCUUGGGGCUCCCUGCACAUGCAUGGAACUUUUGGAUUGCGGGCGAGGCUGCGAGUAUCAUCGAUCCUGUCUUGAGUAGGAGCCCAACAAACGAAAUCUUGAGAUUCAUCCACAUUGGUUUGUUGUGCGUUCAAGACAAUGUUGCAAAGAGACCAACCAUGGGUUUGGUUAUUCAAUGGCUUGGUAGUGACACUAUAUCAAUUCCUUUACCUACAACUGCUGGUUUCACCACACAUCCUCCAACCGAACUGCAUAGAACCGAUGCAAUGAUACAAGCCAAAGGUGAAGCUGGUGUUCUUUCAUUGAACAAGUUAUCAAUCAGCGAGUUAAAUCCUCGUUGA